AUGAGUACCCACCUAGGUUGCAAUACUCAAAUACUCAACUGCAUAAUUGGCGAGAAUUGUUUGAUUGGCGCCAACUGUCGUAUUGAGGAGUCAGUGUUGGGUGACGAAGUUUCGAUAGCCGAUGGCACCCAUGUGCAGAAGCAGUCUGUGAUUUCGGCAAAGGUCACAUAUCCUCACGAUCUUGGAGUGGCAUCAAAUGUUGCCAUCUGUUCAGGCACUCCUCAUGAAGACUUUGAAGAGGCAAUUCAUUGUGAGGAAGUGAAAGGUGUGUACAUAUGGUAUUUGUCAAAUGGGGGAUCGUUUUGGGCAACAAAUGGAAGAGUCGACUCCGGAAAUGCUAGCAUAGGGGAAGAAAAUGAAUCAGCCAUUGGAAGUGAUAGCGAGGGGGCAGAACCGGUCGAGUUAGAUGCUACGGGGCAGUUCUAUGAAGAAGUUGUGGAGAGCAUGGAGAGGAUUCAGGGUUUCGCAUUCAGCAAUCAACAA